GUUUGCCGGGACAUCCAAUAUUUCAGGCAUAAAAAAGUAUCGGAAAAGCAUGUUCAAAUCAAAUAAAAAUAUUAACUUGAUACAAAUGUAAACUUGUGUUACAAAAGAUUUGUAUAAUCGUAGUAGUACUAAAUUUUUGCUAAGUGAUGGUUUAUGAACAUGAAGAUAGAGGUUUGUUAGAUUCAAAAUGGGUUGGUUCCAGUUCAAUGAUGAUUUAUUAUCGUCCAUAUCAGCUAGAAGCAGAUUUUUCAACAAAUGAUUCCCAGAUGAUGCGUGAAAUCCACUGGAGUGCACAAAGUUCACAAAAUUCUAUCAAUAGAAAACUGUUCAACGAGACUCGUGAAAUAUUCCUAAGCUUGCAAGAAAGUUGUGAAGAAGAAAAACCAACUUUAGAUGUUUUGUUGAAAAUAAGCCACCAGUAUAGAGCUGUUAUUCAGUCAUGUGUUGUAAAAUUAAGAGAAAAAAUAAAACUAGAAAGAGAUAAAGUGAUUUCUGAAGAUAUGAAAACACAGCUGGAUUUGUUAAUUAUUAUGGAAUUGUUGUGGCAUUUAUGCGAAGGCCUUUUUAUUGAAUCUCAAGCAGGAGGUUAUUGCAUGAAGCCAUUGUUGAAUUGGGUUAAGUGGCAUUUUGAUGGAAUAAACCAUUCUGUUCAUUUACUCCUCAGUACAGAUGAUCCAUAUAGUGACCCAAUAUAUUGGAAUACUAUAUAUGGCUUAGUGUUACAAGGAAGAUUAUCAGAUGUAUGUGAUCUUUUAAAACAUCAUCCGUAUCGAGAUGAAGGAAGGUUUGAUGCGUUUGAAAAUAUUGAAGAGUUGAUGACAAAAAUGCCGCUACUCCAGGCUCAGGAAGGUCAAUCUGUGACAGAUUUUUUAAAAAAAUGGGAUAUUUGGAGUAAAGAAUGUGAAUCUCGUUUAGAAGGUGGUGAUUUUUCACAAUAUCCAGAGCUUGAAGAGAUAUGUAUGCUUCUUUGUGGCAAAGAUUCUGCACUUCUAAAACAUAAAAAUAUUUGUGAAUCUUGGUAUGAAAUUAUGGUUGCAAAAUUAUUAUAUACCCAGCCAACUGUUUCUACAUUCAAUCUUAAAAAAAUUGCAGUGGACUGUUUAGAGUUGUUUAAUGGUAUUGAUAAUGUUAGUGCAUUGGAUGAAAUUGUUUUGUCAAUAUUAUCAUUCGAUAUCCAUACAGUAGUUGAAAAAUCAAGUGAAAUAUUCCCAAACUGGUGGUUUGUAAUGCAUCUCACAGAUCUGUUAUACCAUUGUGAUUUAUUAAAAAGCUAUAACAUUGACUAUGGUGUUGAGUUACGAGAGUUUUUAUUAUUGGAAUACAGUGCAAGUCUUAUGUCUCAUCCAAGUUUAUGGUCUACUGCAGCUGAAUACUUUCUCAACUCUCCAACUCAUGGAAGGGGUUAUCUUGCUGCUUAUAUUGAAAGGAUACCUUUAGACUGUGAAAAGAAAGCGUUAAAAUUGAUCCAUAUAUGUAAAACACAUGGUUUUCCAGAAUUAAUUCGAGAUAUAUGUAAAGUAAUGGGCAUGAAAGCAAUACGCAGAAAAAGACUUGGUGUAGCUCUUUCUUGGUGUUUACGCUCUAAGGAUGAAGCAUUUGCAUCAAUAAUUACAGAUCAAUUUUUAGACUAUUAUAAAGACACUGGAUGUUUUACACAAUGUGAUUUAAUUGAAAAUCUUGGAUCUUCCAUGCUGCUUCAUAAUAAAUUGACAUUUUUAGGUAAAUACUACGAUUUUCAUAAGUUGUACGCUGAUGGAAACUUUUUAGAAGCAAGCAAUUUAUUAGUAUCUCUUCUAACUUCAAAUCUUGCGCCUAAAAAAUUCUGGUUGUCAAUUUUAAUUGAUGCUCUUCCUUUAUUGGAACAUGAAGAGCUUUUGUUUAACAGUGAGCAGACAUAUGAGUUGAUGCAGUGUCUUGAAGAAUUACAUCUUUGUUUCGAUAGAAAACUUUCAAAAAACAAAGUUGUUUCAGAUGAUGAAAAAGAUCACGUUGAAAUGCUGUCUUUAGCACUAAGUAAUAAUUUGAGUCGAGCUUUGCUGUGCUGAAAGUCACCGUCAUUAAAACACAAGUACCUUAUGUAAUAAUCGGAUUUAGUAAAAUAACUUGCAAUAAAGUUCUAUCCUUUUGAAA